AGUCCUGCGCCCUCUACAACAUUCAUUUUGUUUUCUCCCUAAAGAAAUACACAACCUUCUACUUGUGUUGAUAUUUUAAUAAAUAUAUAUAUAUUUGUUUUUUUUUCCGCUGUAGUUGUCGAGUAUAUCGCUGUUUGUUUUUAUUAUUAUUGUUUUUUGAUUGUUCGAGUACCGUGCACAUACUGGAAAAGCAAUCUCGAGUGGUGCUCUCGUGCUCUGUUGUUGGUGUGUGCGUAUCUCUCUCUGUCUCUCUCCGCGUCGCACGUUCAUCUCUUCUCUUCUUCUCUCUUCCUCGGGUGUAUCCUCCACGUUCGUGGAACGUCAGCGCAACACGCCUGCGAAGAUGGUCGAGGUUCCGCGCAACUUCCGCCUCUUAGAGGAGUUGGAGGCGGGCGAGAAGGGCACCGGCAGCAACCAGAACGUGUCGGUCGGUCUGCGCGAUACGUCGGACAUUUACUUCCACUUCUGGAACGGCACGAUUGUCGGCCCCCCUAGCACCACCUUCGAGUACCGCAUCCUCUCCCUUGAAAUUUACUGCGACGAGAGCUACCCGAAGGUGCCGCCGCACAUCCGAUUUCUCAGCAAGGUGAACCUCCCGUGCGUCGACCCGGAUGGCACCGUGAACCGCAGCAAGUUUCUCCUCUUUAAGAACUGGGACCGCCGCACCACCAUGGAGACGUGCCUGUCGGAGCUGCGGAAGGAGAUGGCAUCCCCGGCCAACCGCAAGCUGCCACAGCCGCCGGAGGGCUCCGUCUACUAA